AUGGGCGUCAAUCUUCCCCAAAUCACUCUCGACACCACCCUUACUACUCUAUAUACUCUCGAUGGCGGAAACCCUCAAGACCUGUCCAUUGUCACCGUGAUCCCGCCUCCAACCCAGGUGUCCUCGUCUCUUCCAUCCAACACCAAGUUCGUGUACCAGCAUCCGAAUCAUGAAAAGUUUGACGACGAUAUUUACGCCCGCAUUUUACUUGGGGCGGUCGCCCAGCACCUCAGCUUUGUUGCGGGUUCUAUUCCCGUCAACCUAUUCGAUAUCGACAAGACCUAUAUCCAAUCCUGGUUGAGUUUGAUUUGGACUUCGAUUCCGGGACACCAAGUGGACGCGCAGCGAGUUUACGAUGUUCUCGUUCCAACACAAAGACCGAGACUAGACUUCAUCACCAGUCCAGACGACUUUCUGCCCAUUGCGCCGAGUGGGAAACUCGCUACUGUGGUUGCAAGCAAUCCUCUAGAUUGCCUGAGCAAACUUCCGGGAAUUAUUACUCCUGAAAUCCAUUACAAGCUUCUUUCCAAGCAUGACCUCGUCCACUCUGGACUGCCGAUGCCUCCCAGCGACGUAUUGACGACGUCCCUCACACCUGCAGAGGUAGAAGACGAUUCUCUCGUUAGACGCGAAAGCAGUCGCUUUAUCAAUGCCGUGAAAAGUCGCGCAUUGCCCUUCGUGCUCAAGUUCCCACAGUCUCUCGCCGGAUACGGUGUAUUUGUCGUGCGCACAGAAACAGACCGAGACGCCUGCAUCGCAAUUCUUCAGACUGAAAUUGCCCUAAUGAUCCGCUCACUCAAUGCUUCUAACGCACAUCUUAAUCCUGUGAGCCUCAUAUUCCAGGAUAUGCUUCCUGGCGGGGCUGUCGCGCACAACAUCUUUGUCACCAAGACAGGUCGGCCUGUAUUCAUAGGAACCUGCGAGCAAGUCAUUGACAAACAAGGUAACUGGUCCGGCGCCAUGGCCGACUACAAACGCCAAGAGGAGCUGGGCAAGUUGUACGCACCAACGACAGCAAAGAUGGCUGAGUACGUCUUCUCAAAGGGAUACUACGGUCCUAUGGGGGCUGAUAUCAUGAUAUCUGAAGGCCAGCAGUAUGUGAUUGACCUCAAUGUUCGCCUUACCGGGUCGUACUCCCUGAGUCUACUCAAGGGACACUUUAGCGAGUGCCGUGGACUGCAUUUUGCCACUCUGAUGUCGCCGGUCCCGAUGAUGGGAGACAGGAAUGCAUUCGAGAGGAAGUUUGUGAGCCAGCUGGAGAGCGGCCGGCUUGUCAUUGUUGGCUGGUGCGAAGGGCGUUUUGGCCCUGGACGUCUUAUCAAAUAUAGCAUGGGCUGUAUCGUGGUCGGUGGGGAGGAUAAAGCUACGAUGAUGGACCUGGUCGAGCGUGUGAACGAGGUCAAGAUUAAGCGCUAAUGCGUUUUGUGUUAACACUUAGCUCUGCUGAAGUAUGCUACAAGCAACGGUGAAAGGGGCCUUAGUCAUGGAAUUAUCCAACAUCCGCUAUUUUGAAUUGCCGCGUUCUUCCUCAACCAGAAGUUCCAACGUCACCGAACUUCACAGCUUGCCAGAAAGACGAAAGCAUAUUGCCCAAAGUGUUAAAAUUAUUGUCAAG